AUGAUGGAACUCAAGAGUUCCCUAAAGAGCAAAGAAUUCAAUGUGAAAAUGAAACUCAUGAACAAACACAACACCACAAGAAUUCAACAAGACAAAACCUGUUGCUUCUUCACAUAUUACAAAUGGUUCCUUUGGCUUUGUCUUUCCCUUUAUUUCUUCACUUCUUAUCUCAUCACCAACGACCCACAAGACACAAGUUCCAAAUCCAACGUUGUUUCUCAUUCCUCUUCAACCCAAAACAAUCUAAGGUUGUUGAAAAAUCUAAAGGUGUUUAUUUACGAGCUACCCACAAAAUACAACAAAGAUUGGCUUAUGAAUGAGAGCACCGUGAACAGUUUCCCAGCGAUUGGACAUGCACGCGCUCUUAUCACCUCCGCCAUUAAAACUUUGUCACUACCACAACCGGCGCGACCCCGCUUCGCACACGGAUCCGAUGGAGGUAGUACGGGCCGGAGUUCAGUGGUGAAGACGGAUGGUGGUGAUGAGAGAGUCGCAGAUGAAGCAGAUUUGAAGGGCGCUGAUUCGGCGUGGACCGAGGGUUUGGUGCAGUAA